UUCUGAUUUUUAAUAAUUAAAGUCGACCACACUGCUAGAGCAGAUAUCAGCUCACAACCUUGCAAUAAGAAUCUGAUCCUUUGCAAAGAAAAAAAAACUGCUCUCUGAUUCCUCAUAGCGAUCGAAAGAGAGAGCUGCACUUGUGUGUGUGUGUGUGUAUGUGUGUGUGUGUGUGCGCGCGGCUUCGCCCGGCUCCGUGUUGUAGACCUGACCGGCCCUGACUCUCUCUCACGCCGCAGGGUCGCUCCAGGACACCACCAGGUCCUCCGAUUCUGGACUCUCCUGAAAGGACAACACAACAAGGGCACUUUUUUGGACCUAUUUUAUUCCGCAGGCUUUCGAGAUUUUUAUGCCUACGCCGAUCAGCGCUCGUUAAUCCUGGCAGGACGGAAGGAUCCCAGCUCUGUCCGGCUACACUGGUGUGAACCUCAUUGGAGAGGACCCAGAUAUCAGAUAUCGAGGAGUCCGUAAGCAACGUGAGAACGAUGUUUAGGCCCUGAUACGGAGCAGUAUGUCAGGGUACAUACCAAGUUACCUGGACAGGGACGAACUUUGUGUAGUGUGUGGAGACAAAGCGACAGGAUACCAUUACCGGUGUAUCACCUGUGAGGGCUGCAAGGGUUUUUUCAGGCGUACGAUCCAGAAGAACCUGAACCCGACCUAUGCAUGUAAAUACGAGGGGAAAUGUGUAAUCGACAAAGUCACGCGGAACCAGUGCCAGGAAUGCCGCUUCAAGAAAUGCAUUGCUGUUGGAAUGGCGACCGACUUGGUGCUGGAUGACAGCAAGCGUCUGGCCAAACGGAAGCUGAUUGAGGAGAACCGAGAGCGGCGGAAGCGUGAGGAGAUGCAGAAGAUGGUGUGGGAGCGACCUGAGCCGUCGCAGGAGGAAUGGGAGCUGAUCCGCGUCGUCACUGAGGCCCACAUGUCCACCAACGCACAGGGCAACCACUGGAAACAGAAGCGCAAAUUCCUGAGUGCAGUGGGGGUGAAGGAAACCAAGGCUGAAGACAUAGGUCAGGGGACGAUCGUCAGCACACCGGAGGGCAGUAAGGUGGACAUCGAAGCCUUCAGUCAGUUUACAAAAAUCAUCACCCCAGCCAUCACCCGAGUGGUAGACUUCGCCAAAAAGCUGCCUAUGUUCUGUGAGCUGCCUUGUGAAGAUCAGAUCAUCCUGCUGAAAGGCUGCUGUAUGGAGAUCAUGUCUCUGCGUGCAGCCGUGCGUUAUGACUCCGAGAGCGAGACGCUCACGCUCAACGGUGAGAUGGCAGUGACACGUGGCCAGCUAAAGAAUGGCGGCCUGGGUGUGGUCUCGGAUGCCAUCUUUGAUCUUGGGGUUUCUCUGUCCUCCUUCAACCUAGACGACUCGGAGGUGGCGCUGCUACAAGCUGUCAUUCUGCUCUCUUCAGAUCGUCCGGGACUGACGAGCGCGGACCGGAUCGAGCGCUGCCAGGAGGAGUUUCUGCUGGCCUUUGAGCACUAUGUCAACUAUCGCAAGCACAAGGUGGCGCACUUCUGGCCCAAGCUGCUGAUGAAGGUGACAGACCUGCGCAUGAUCGGUGCGUGCCACGCCAGCCGCUUCCUGCACAUGAAGGUGGAGUGUCCCACCGAGCUGUUUCCUCCCCUCUUCCUUGAGGUGUUUGAGGACUGACCAAACCCGCCCAUCAUGUGACCCCACACGCCAGUGGCUCUUAACCACACCCAGCCCUCUUCGGACACGUUCGAUGAACUCCAUUUUCUCACUACUGAGUGCUGCUGCAUUCCACAGAUUUAAAAGUAGCUCUCGGCCCUCAUUUCUAGACUGAGCAUUCCUUUUAUGAUGCGGGUACAUGUGAAUAGCAUUUUUUUUUCUUUCUCUCUCUCUCUCUCUCUCUUUCUCUCCGUCUUGUACAUUGUUGUUCUCAGUUACUCUAGGUGUAUUUUUGUUGUACAGUUUGCUGGGUGAGUAUAUCUACUAGUUGCUGGCGUUGGCUCAUCAUGCACUCGGUUGUGUGAUCUAUGCAUUUGUAUCAUGCAACAUUCCACAUCUAGUAGAAGUCAGAUCUGUGUCCCACUUGGGGAAAGAUAUAAAAAAAAAAUAAUAAUCCUGGCACACAAGAAGAACCUCUGCUCUUUAAGAUUUUCACACUACCUGCAUAAUUUCAUUGGUUUACAGGUUUACACACACAAAGAUGAGUUCUCACGCACUGUUCACAAAACAUCAGAACACAGAAAGGAUGUAAGGUACUGAGGUAAUGAGCGUAAUUUCCCACAAAACGACGACAGAUCAAAGCAUGCAGGAGCUUAUCUAGACGCCAAAAUCUGCUUUCAUUGAAGAUUGCCACUGUUUAGGUGCCAAAAAAAAUGAGGAUUACUACAACGUGUGUUCCUGAAGGCGUGUUUUUCCCCGUUCCAUGCCCAUCCAACUUCAGAUCCUUCACUCUGCCGGACCGUCUGUGACUCUUACCUCGUAGGAACUCUUACCCGUUUUAUAUAUUUUCAUAAGUUAGACAAAGGUGAUGCCUCCGCUCGGACUUGUUGGUGCUAUGAGUUUGUCUAUUUAUACCUCUUUUCAGUCAGCCUCAGAAUUUGGAUGAUUCUCUCUCUCUCUCACACACACACACACACACACACACACACACACACACACACACACACACACACACACAUAGCAGUGAGCAGUGAGCAUGAACGGCCCACUGCUUCGUAUCACAACGUGACCUCAACGUGAGGUAUAGAGGAUAUGUCGAGGAGACACUUUCGGUUUGUCUUUUUUGUUAUGUUCUUGUUUUUUCCCUACGUGACAUGACAUCAUAUUGUACUGCGAAACAUUUUUCACAUCACAUACCUCUACCGUUCAUUAGGAAAUAAUGAUAAAUGGUCAUUUUGUAUAAAAAAAAAAAAAAAACAACUGCAACAAUUUGCCUCAAGCUUGAGUUUCUCUGUUAAAAGUGAUGCCUUUCGUAAGCAAUCGAUUUGCUCCAGUGUUUCGUGCUUAUUUAUGACUACACACACAUAUUCACUCACACACACUCACACACUCACACACUCACAUGUAUGUGCACACAAUGCACAGACUCAGAGGAAAUGCAAAGACAAUCAGGAUGCGAGGUGAGGGAUAGAGAAAAAGGUGCAACAGGGAUGUUCAGUUGGUAUUCAAUGAAUAGUUCAGUCAGAAAUACUAGUUCUGCUAACAGUGAAUACACUCGAUUGGCCACCUGCUAGCAUUAUGCAAAUGACAUCAUGCUAAUGGGUUGUGACCAUUCACCGUUACCAUGCUAACAUGAUUGUAUGAACACUUCCGUUAAGGUCAUGUAUUAAACUCUCAUGCUCCACAUAGUACUGUACUACAUAAGUGUGUCAAAACAGAAUGGCAACAAAGGUGGCCUAUUAUUUUGUACUCGCUAUGAAGUAUGGUAGUAUGUGGUUUGAGACAGAGCCAAAUGUCAUCCCAGGUUGCAGAUCCACCCGUCUGGAUGUACUGAGAGAGCUGUCCAGUUUCAGUUACAGUUAAGAGGUGAAGAUGCAUUAUUUUACAGUAUAAAAAGUUGUAUAUUUUCUGCAGAUAUUUUUACAAUUUGCAUAUAAUGAUAAAUUUCCCCAUUUCACCAACAGUGAAAUAAAGUUCUAUUCUCAGAAGCCUAACAAAAUCUCUUACUGUCGAGAAGUUGGUUAAAUAUGUUAGACAGAGUUAUUUGUGAAUUCUUUCCAGUGUUACUUCUCACCAUUCCAGUUAGCAUCAGAAGGCAACUCAUCCCGAAUGAAUGCUCCAGUAUAGAGGUGUGUAUUGGGACUGGGUUCCCACAGGGCCCAACAAAAAAAAAAAGUCAUAGGCAGUCUGAUAUGAAGCUCACAGGACAAAUAAAGGUCACGUCCUUUAACAUGGAAGGGUUUUUUAAAUCACGCAUUCAUUCAUCCAUCUUUCUGUAACUAAAAGUCUUUAUUCUGGUCAUUGUCAUGGAGGUUAUACAAAUGUUUAAACUUGUUUAUAUUUUGGUGGGGAAAAAAUCAAUACUAAAAAUAUCAUGCAGUGGGUGGGAUUGAUCCAAAUUUCUGCAGGAAAACAUGGGAUUGGUCAAACUUUCUUCAGAAGGGGCCAGGAUUGGUCAAAACUUCUUUGGGAGUGGGUUCGAUUGGUCAAACUUUCUGCAGGAGCAGGUGGGAUUAAUCAAACUUUCUGCAGGAACAAGUGGGAUUGCGCAAUUUCUGCUAGUGCAAGUGGGAACAGGCGGGAUUGGUCAAACUUUCUGCAGGAGCAGGUGGGAUUAGUCAUAGUGCAAGAGCAGGUGGGAUUGGUUAAACAUUCUGUGGGAGUGGGUAGGAUUGGUCAGAAUUCAUUUGGGUUGGGAUUAACAACGGUCCCACGCACACCUCUACCCCAAUAAUCCCAAGCACUUUAUAGUAAAAUACAGCACUUACAGUUGCAAUCAAAACUAUUCCACCCCCAUUGCAAAUCAGGUUUAUUGUCAAAAUUUACAGACUUUUCAGCUGUUUUCAAUGAACAAAUCAAACAAAAGCAACUGAAAUAGUUCAACACAAUGAAUGCUUCAUGUAGUUUCCCCAAAUUCAACUGAAAAUGCAACUUAUAAUGACUUCUCCAGUUUCAAAAUGAUCAACCCCUCCAUGGCAAUCAUCUUUAGUAUUUAGUAGAGCACCCUUUUGCUGCUAUGACCUGCUGCACACAAGAUGCUUAGCCAGACACCAGCUUCUGGCAGCGUUCCUGAGGAAUCUUAGCCCAUUCCUCAUGAGCAAUGGCCUCCAGUUCAGUAAUAUUCUUGGGUUUGCAUGAUGCAACCGCCUUCUUCAAAUCCAACCAGAGAUUUUCUAUGGGGUUCAAGUCAGGUGACUGAUGACCCUGUAAAAUCUUCCAGGACUUCUUCUGAAUCCAAGCCUUGGUGGAAUUUGAGGUAUGCUUGGGAUCAUUGUCCUGUUGGAAGGUCCAAUGACGCCCAAGCUUCAGCUUCCUCACAGACGGCAUGAUGUUUUCUCCUAGGAUUUCCUGAUACUUCAAUGAAUCCAUCUUGCCUUCCACACGCUGCAGGUUUCCUGUGCCAGAUGAUGCAAAGCAGCCCCAGAGCAUCACUGAGCCACAACCAUGCUUGACUGUGGACGGAGUGUUCUUUCUUCAUUCUUCACAAUCCCAAAACUUCUGUGGUUUAUUUAUAUGAUUUUGAGGCGACUUUUCUUGUGCUUUUGGGGCAGUAGUGGUGUACGUCUUGGAGUUCUGGCAUGGAAACCUUUUUCAUUUAGUACGCGUCUGCCUUACUGUGAUCACUGAAACCUCAGUGCCUGUUGCCACCAAGUCUCGCUGCAGGUCUUUUGCAGUCACUUGAGGGUUUUUCACAACCUGCCUUCUCAGAAAUCAGGUUGCAGCGUAUAUUUUGUGCCCCUAGCCAGUUCAGAUAUUUCAUAUGUUCCAGCUCAAGCACAUCUGGUGCAAUUAAUGAAGCCCAUGAAGGAUUCAUUGUGUUGAACUAUUUCAGUUGCUUUUGUUUGAUUUGUUCAUUGCAAACAGCUGAACGGCUGUAAAUUUUGACAAUAAAUCUGAUUUGCAAUGGGGGUUGAAUAACUUUGAUUGCAACCGUACCUCCCUCAUCAACUGUCUAAACUAAAUUCAGGACAGGUAUCUUUAGGAAAAUCUCAGAUAAUGCACUCUGUUUAUCCUUAUUGUUUAGGUAACAAAUUGUAUUUGAUGAUAUGUAGAUUGCGGGGUGUACACUGAGGCUGGGUUAAAAGGUGAAUGAGCUAACUGUGGAUUCAAUUUAAUGGAGUGCUAAGCUAAGCUAAGCAAUGUAACCUAAAUGAGGGUCCGGUGUGAUCCUUGGUAUUUUUUGUUUUCUAAAUUGUCUGUUAGCUCACAAACCCAUAGACCUAUAGCUUCAUGGUAAAUCCUCCUGUCCUACUGUGAACAUGAGUGAGAAAAAGAAAAAGAAAAAGAAAAAAAAAAGGUGAGUGUAAAUGUAAUUUAAUGUGUUGCACAAGGCACAAGACAGUGAAGCUUGGAAUUAAAGUUAAAUUUAGCAGGUUUAAGCCAUGUUGCAGUUUGGGUACCCUGGAAGAAAAGUUGCAAUAAAGAACACAAUCCUGUAUCUGGUGACUGAUGGUGAAUGUAAAAAUAACAGCGAAAGAACUGAUGAUGAAUGAGACCGAUGAUGAUGGUAAUGUUUGUAUUUAAAAUAAACUGGCUCUGGGAAUAAAGAUGUUUGAGAAA